GGUCUCCAAUGCUCACAUUCGCACGGUCCUGUCCUUCCUGUGCGAGAGAGAGCGAGAGGAAGAAGGGAAUAAAAAAUGAGCGCGCUUCCUUUGAAGAAGCCCAAGGUGGAGACGAAUGAUGGGGAUGAAGUAGAACUUCAAUCUAAAACCACCACAAAUAACAUGGACAACAACAGCAUUGAAGAGCAAGAAGAGGCAUUGGUGGCCCUGAUCGAGCACCGUACACACGAAGUCAAACAUCUUAGGCACCGCAUCUCCUAUUACAAAUCUCAGGUUGCCUCAUACAUGCGCGCACACACAUGUUUGCAGCUUGAGGAAGCAGAGAGAAGGUUGCAUGAUUCACAAUCUAAAUUGGCUCGACUUCGAAGCCAAAGUAAUGUUGUGCCAAUAAAAGGUUCUCUGGAUAAUGCAUCGAAGAACGUGAAGGUGGAGCGCAGAUCAACUAGUCCCAUACAUAUAAAUGGAGGUUCUUCUAGGAACCAGCCUCAGUCAAAACCAGAACUUUUAAUCCCUGCUGCGAAUCCAAAACUUUCCCAGCCUAUAAAAUCUUCAAAUAUUUCUAAGACUCAAGCCAAUCCACCAGUUUCCACUCAAUAUAAUAGUGCUACAAAAGCGAAAGGGGGCAGACCUUACAGAGUUUCUUCUGAGCCAGAGGUUGUUGAAAUUCAGGAUAAAGGAACAAAGAGAAAACUUGAUGAGAAAGAACACAAGGAACUGAUUCCGUUGAUUCGUAGAAGUUCUUCACCAUGCAUAAUCCACUGCCAUAGAAGCAAUCAUAUCUCUAGUCAGCACAAGAGAAAGUUGAGAAGUCUGUCCUUGUGUCCAGUGAACGAUCAGCUUUUUGUGACUAGUGCUUUGGAUGGAUUGGUCAAUUUGUGGCAAGUUCAAUCGGGGGGUUCAAGUGCCUCUCUACUUAGCUCUACUGAUUGUGUAUCCCCAAAGCAGAGGAGAUGGCCUGAAGAUAUAGUCUGGCACCCACAGGGGAAUAGCCUGUUUUCUGUAUACAGUGCUGAUGGUGGAGAUUCUCAGAUAUCAGUUCUUAAUCUCAAUAAGACACAAGGGAAAGCUCGUGUAACUUUCUUGGAGGAUAAGCCUCAUGUUAAGGGUAUUAUUAACAGCAUAACCUUCUUGCCCUGGGAAGAUGCCUGUUUUGUCACUGGAGGCAGUGAUCAUGCUGUUAUACUUUGGAGUGAGAAAGAUGAGAACUUAUGGAAACCAAAGGUAUUGCACAGGAGUAUGCAUUCAUCAGCUGUUAUGGGAGUAGCUGGGAUGCAGCAAAAGCAGAUUGUACUGUCUGCCGGGGCAGACAAGCGAAUUAUUGGGUUUGAUGCACAAGUUGGAAGAGCAGAUUUCAAGCAUCUAAUAGAAAGUAAAUGCAUGAGUGUCUUGCCAAAUCCACGCGACUUCAAUUUAUUCAUGGUUCAAACAGCAACUCCCGAGAGGCAGCUCCGAUUGUUUGAUAUCAGAUUGAGACAGACUGAACUUCAUGUUUUUGGAUGGAAGCAAGAAAGCAGUGAAUCUCAGUCAGCGCUCAUAAAUCAAGCUUGGUCUCCUGAUGGUUUAUACAUGACAUCUGGUUCAGCAGACCCGAUGAUUCACAUCUUUGAUAUCAGGUAUACCGCUAACAAGCCUUCCCAAUCAAUACAAGCCCAUCAGAAACGUGUCUUCAAGGCUGUGUGGCUCCAAUCACUUCCGCUUCUCAUUUCCAUAUCCUCUGAUCUCAAUGUUGGAUUGCACAAGACCUCUUAAAUAUUCCACGCUGUUGUUUACUUAUAUGGCCAUAAGAAAGAAUUAUUCCCAUGCUUCUGAUGUUGCUUUGGCACUGAACUUUAUACCUCUUCUGAGGUACAACAACUUUUUGAAGGUCCAUUUUUGCAUGACAAAGCAAAACAUUGCUGUUGGGAUGGUGGAAAAAAAUGCAAGUUUUGUAGAAAUGCAGUAGUUCUGAAGGGGAUUGAGGUAAACUGUGGGUCUGAUAUUUUAUGCCGGUGGCGGCCACUUAUGAUGAUAUGGCACACCUGCCAUUGAGUCAAGCUGGAAGUGUAUGAAUCAUGAUAUAUGAUUUAUUAUAAUUAUUAUUGUUAUUAUAAUUAAAAAAAAAAGAAAAAAGAGAAGCAUACUGCAGCUUGCUUAUUGUUAUUAUUGUUAUUAUAAUUGUUGCAUGUUCCAGGGGAAUGAUAUCAAUGGCUUAUAGGAGUUGUGUGCUCAAACUCAUGAAAGUGGUGCUGUGUGAUAGCCUCGGAUAAAAAGCAUACAUCAAAAUUCUAACAGUUUCCUUAAAAAAGGAACCAGCAAAGUCUUUGCAUCUUGGAGUUGCUCUUAUUAGUUUAUGAAACGUGGUGGUUGAAGUGGAUUUGCAUGCAUUUGCGGGGUCGGAUGAGGGCUGGACAUCAAUGACGUAUACGUAUCCAUGUUGUGAGUUUUGGUGCUGGUAAGGCGAUGGGACGUAGUUGCAGCACCCAUGCACGUCUCCCUCACCAUACAUACAUGCCUUAGUGGUUGACCUCUUGACCUUUGUGCUCGUUGACGCGUUGCCAUGACUAUAUCUGAGACAAAGUCUGGUCCGAGGCUGGCUUAAAGUUAAAGAGCAGAGAUGGAAUGAGAUGAGAUGAGAUGAGAUGUAGUAGUAAUCUUGCAUUCGGCUCCUCCACCAAUAGGAACCUCUUUACUUUGGAAAGUCUGUGGGACUCCUCCAAAGUGGCUGUGGCGGCCCCCAUGCUGGCUGGAUAUUUUGUUAUUUCCCACUUUUGAGUUUGAACUUGACUCCGUUCUCUCCUUGCAUACCAUAUUAUUGCCAACGCUAAUUGGUGCACAAUACAGUUAAAAACCCUAGAAAUAGAAUGGAUGAAUAAUUAUUGUGC